AUGCCGAAAACAUCCUUAAUACGCUACACAUUCAGUCAGUCGAGCAUGUUGACAGUCCAGGGGGGCAGCGGCCUCAAGACCGAGAGCUUCGCAGUCCACGAAUCCUUUCUCACAUCACGUUCUGAGUACUCCAAGCGUGCUUUGAACAGCAACUGGAAUGAGGCAACAACUCGCGUCGUUCCAUUGACUCAUGAGGAACCAGCUGUCUUCGCGUUGUAUCUCAACCACCUCUGCACUGGGCGAUUACCAACGGUGCAGAAAAGCAGACAAGAGCUAGGCGCGAUGCAAAGAUCAGCAGCUAUCCGUUUCCUCAGGGAAGAGCUCUACCAGCUGGCCCGCGUCUAUGUUCUUGCAGAGCGACUGCAGGACAUCACCGCGAGAAAUGCUGUGACAGAUGCAUUUGUUCAUGUACAUAACGGGUACUUGGCACCGACCCCUUCCGCUCUAGUAAUCAUGCUCACCUUCGACAGUACUCCCCCAGGACGCCCCAUUGGGCGUUUGUUAGUUGAUUCAUGGGCUCAUAAGUCUCUGCUGUAUGUACUAGAGAGAGCGUCGCAGUUGCCCAAAGACUUCCUGAAUGAUCUUGGCUUAGUGUUGGAGAAGCACCGCAUCUUUUCUAGAGUAUUGACUCAAUGUUUGUGGUCAUUUCACUAUAUAGAGGCAGAGACCGCAGCAGGAAGCCAGGACGCUCCAGUUGUGACCCCAGUCUGA